CUGGCUUUAAACUGUGGCGGGCUGAGGGUCGGCAGGUGGCUACUGAUCUAUCCUGAGGAGGGAGAGCAGCACUAGGAGUCAUGGAGGUGUGUCGUUACUUCAAGGCUCCAGGAGGAUGCUGGUAUGGAAAGAAAUGUCGCUUCUAUCAUGAUGCAUCACAUGUACCAGAUAACCAGAUAAACCCGAAGAUAUGCCGUUAUUUUGGCACCCUGAAUGGGUGUCGUAAUGGCAACAAAUGCAGAUUUCUCCACAUUCAAGAGACAGGAAGUGCCAGAGUGGAGGAGCCACUAGAAGGGGCACAGACUUGCCAUGAUACACUGAAGGAUGAGUCGUCAGUCAGGCUUAAAUUGAGUGAGAGUGACCCCAAAACACCUGGAUCAUUCCUGAGGGAAGUAGCUGCACGGGAAGUUUCUGAAGCUAAACCCAACGAUCCACCCUACACGUGUGGAGAAUGCAAAGCAGUAUUUACAGGAGCAGGGGCUCACAGAAAUUUGAAGGCACAUUACAUGAAGAUGCUACGCAAGUUCGACAAAUCUCACGUGGCUUUCCUAAGAAAAUCCGACUUUAAUGAGCGUAGCAGAUGUGAAUUUUGUAAAAAAAUUUUCCAUAAGGCUCGACAAAAUUUGGAGCAUAUAGUAGAGAAGGUGAACUCGUCAAAAAACCCUUGACAAUCACCAUAAAGCCCGUUUAAAUGAAAUAGUGGAAACAUUUACAGGUAAGUUUUGUGAACAAU